GAGCCCCCGGGCUUGGGGGCCGAGCCAGGACACAGCCCUGAGGGCAGCAGGAUGGAGGGGGCCAGGCCCGGGGGGCAGUCUGGCUCGCCGCCUUGCUGAUUGGGUGAAAGCGAGUAGAACAUUCCGCUGCCAUUGGCUGGUGCUGCGCUUGGGGCGGGACCGGCCGCCGUGGACGCCGGCUGGGAGAGCAGCCCGAAGGAAAGGAGAACUCGCCCGUGGGGCGCGGCUGGGGCGGGGCCGCAGUGGCGGUUGUAGGCGGGGCCAGCCGUGACGCAGUCGCUCCUGGCAGCCAAUUAGCGUCUCUGGGAGGCGAGUUUGAAUCGGCAGUGCCGGAGCGGGGCCGCGAGGAGCGGCCGCGAUGAGGAAGAGUGAGGCGCUGGCGGCCGAGGCCGUGUCCUGCCUGAACCGGGCCCUGGCGGCGCUGCGGGACAUCUGGGAGGAGAUCGGCAUCCCCGAGGAGCAGCGCCUGGAGCGCACCGAUGUUGUCAAGAAGCACAUCAAGAGCCUCCUAGACAUGAUGGUUGCAGAGGAGGAGAACUUGAAGGAACGUCUGUUGAAAAGCAUUGCCCUGUGUCGGAAGGAGCUUGACACCCUUUGUAGGGAGCUCCAGCUGGACCCCUUUGAGGUAGAGGAGGAAAGUACUAUUCUGCAGCUGGAGAAGGAUUUGCGUACCCGUGUGGAAGUGAUGCUAAAGCAGAAGAGGGAUAGGAAACAGGAAUUGAAAACCCUACAAGAACAAGAUCGAGACCUGUGUGACAUUCUUUGCACAACUCCAUUCUGUAUUGAUAGCAAUGCUGUGCCUAGCCUGGAGGAGCUGGAUCGCUACAGGCGCCACUUAGCCUCUCUGACUACGGAGAAGGAGAGAAGGCGAGAAGAGUUUGUCAGCACCAAGCGGCAAAUCAUCCUUUGUAUGGAGGAGCUGGACCACACUCCAGAUACUAGCUUUGAGCGGGAUGUGGUGUGUGAGGAUGAAGAAGCCUUCUGUUUGUCCACAGACAACAUAGCUGCCCUCCAAGAUCUGCUACAGCAGCUUGAAGCCCGACGAUCCUUGAAUGAAGCUGUGUGUGCAGAACUGCGCUCCAGAAUUGUUGCACUUUGGGAAAGGCUGCAGAUUCCUGUGGAGGAAAGAGAAGCUUUUUCAGUGCACAUGACCGGAUCUAGAGCUAAAACCAGGAAAGCUCUGCAAUUGGAAGUGGACCGUCUGGAGGAGCUGAAGCUGCAGAACAUGAAGGCUGUGAUUCAAGCAAUCAGGGUGGAGCUGGCUGAAUACUGGGACAAAUGCUUCUAUAGCCAGGAGCAGAGAGAUGUGUUCAGCCCCUAUUACGAUGAGGAUUACACAGAGACCUUGCUCCAGCUCCAUGAUGCUGAGGUGGGGAAGGUGAAGCAUUACUAUGAGACACACAAGGAUCUGUUUGAGGCUGUCCAAAAAUGGGAGGAAAACUGGAAGCUGUUUCUGGAGCUAGAGAGGAAAGCAACUGAUCCUAGUCGCUUUGCCAACCGUGGAGGGAACCUGCUGAAAGAAGAGAAGCAGCGAGCAAAACUGCAGAAGACUCUUUCCAAGUUGCAGGAGGAGCUGGAGAGCAGGGUCCAGGCCUGGGAGCAGGAACAUGAGGAGGCCUUCCUAGUGAAGGGGCAGCAUUUCAUGGAGUAUGUGACAGAGCAGUGGCAGCUGUAUCGUCUAGAGAAAGAGAAGGAGAAGCAGGAGAGGCACCUGAAGAAGAGCCGCCAGAUUGAGGCAGAGAUGAUGUAUGGCAGUGCCCCACGGACACCCAUCAAGCGUCGGGUGCUUGGCCCUCACACACCUGGCAAAGUAAGGAAGCUCAAUGGCACUUCCAUCUCCAGUGCCACACCCAACAGCACGGUCCGUUCAGCUUUUGGGGGAACUCUGUACCACUCACCAACAUCUCGGCUACCACCCUCUGGAGGGAAGUUUGGCCAGGCUGCUCGGACCCCUAGCCGUGUGGCUACGAAACCUCCUCGACCAGGACACAAGGAACGGAACAAGGAGAACAUGUCUCAGCUGAAUGGAACCACCCUGAGCGGUGGGUGCACCCCCACAGCCCCUGCCCAGCGUAACUACAGCAUUAAUUCUGUUGCCAGCACCUAUUCUGAGUUUGCGCGCGAACUUUCAAAGGCUUCCAGGUGUGACACUAGCUCCCGCAUCCUGAACUCCACCACCACUGCCAACACCUACUGCUGAGGCAUUACCUGUGCGAGGUUCCAGCUGUUUGUAGUCAUAGUGAGUUGCUGUUCUGGCAGAGUGCAAUCACAGCUGUCUGUGCCCAGACCCAAAGCAUGCAGUGCUGUAGGCUUACCUUUUAACUAGGGCCCAGGUGUUACUCUACAAGCCUGGCUUCUGCAGGGUUGGGGGAUGUAGCUACCUGCCAGGAUAGGGUAUGAAAGGGACACUUUUUUAAAAAACUGCUUUUAUUUGGGAGAACUCUUGCAAAUAUUUGAAAUUAAAAGUUUGAAUACAGUGUCUUGUUGGGGUAGCACAGCAGUGGAUGCUGGCUUCUGCUGCAGAGGGAUGUUCUGCAGCUGGGCUGGGGUGAGUGCUGGUGCUAGGUCAUGGGGCCUCUACCUUUCUGAGCAUGCUGUGGGACAGAUAAGGCAUAUUUGGGGGGGGGGGGGGGAGUUGGCCUCGGCAUGUCUUAUCCCAGUUCUUUUUUUUUUUUUUUUUCCAUAUUGUUGUAGUUCUUUCCCCAUGAUCUUCCCAAGGGCACAGUAGACCUGUUUGUAACAGGGACUGGUGUUAGCUAAGGUUUCUUUUUUCUUAUUUUUUUUUUAAACGGGCUUUACUGUGCCCAGCGUGCUGGUAGGUGCAUGAGGGGCUGGACUUGGGACCGAGUCAAAUGGCUUCCUCCUGCCCUCCCCCACUCUGAGCCUGGGGGUCCCUGGAGGGGAUAGCAGGGUACUCCCUAGAAAGCAAGCCUCAAGGGCUAGCCUGAGCGCGGCAUGCUGCCCUUAUGUGCUUGGAGAGGACAGAGGGAGCAGUGUCCUAUCAGCUAUCCCCAAGCUCUGGAUGCACUGGAGCUGGUGGUACAGAAUACCUGAGCUCCUCUUGCUAGUGGAUAAGGCUGCUUUUCCCCUCCUUGAGAAGGGGCAGCUUGUUACAGCUCCAGCACGUUUUCCAUACUACACAAGGCUCCGAGCUCUCCUCCCCUGCUCUCUGCUCCAGCGAGGAAUAGCAAGCUUCCUGCUUCUCUGGUACUAUUCUGGGCACAGCUGGGGGCAGCCUGUUUGCACCUUUGUUAACGAAGCUCUGUAUAUAUAUGUGUGUGUGUCUGUCCCUGAUCAUCAAGACUAAUUUGCACCAUGUUAUCACUACAGUCCACCACUGCUGUUUAUUUAUUCCCUGGAUUCUGUCCCCUUGCUCUGUAAAUGUAUAUACUGUUUAUGGGAAUAAUGCAUAUCUGUGUAUAUAACUGCUGUUGUUUGUGUCGAUAUGUUGGGGUGCCUGAAGGCUGCUCUGAGGUGGCCCUGUCCCUCUUAGUGGGAGAGAACAAGGGUGGCUCUUCAGCCUCCAUGCAUUAAAUCUGGCCUCUGCCCAGAGUUGUCAGAGGAAGACUGAAACAACCUUCUCUAUGGAACAUGAAGUAUUACUACAACUGUGUUAUGAAAAAGGAAAUAUAAUAAAUAAACUAAUU